AUGGUAAAGUCAAUGAGUGGAAGGGAAGGCAGAUGAAGGACAUAGUAGUAGAAGAUUUACCUCUUCCAAUUGAAGACGAAGAUGGCCAUCAAGAAGAGUCCAUGUCAACUGCUGACAGUGAAGAGCCAGGCAGUCUGACCCAUGAUAGGAGGGAGCCAAGUGAAGAGCCAGCCAGUCUGACCCAUGAUAGGAGGGAGCCAAGUGAAGAGCCAGCCAGUCUGACCCAUGAGUCCAUGUCAACUGCUGCCAGUGAAGGGCCAGCCAGUCUGACCCAUGAUGAAAUGAGGCAGCCAAAUCCUCAAGGGACAGGGACAAGAAAAGGAAUGAAACGAAAGUGGGCCAGCGAAGAGAACAUAUGUUUCAUGAACUUUUUUAGAGAUGAAUUAAGAGAAAAAAUAAUGCCAUCUGGCUCAAAAAUAAUGGGGUCCCUAAAAAUACUUACCGGAAGAACAGUGGCCCAGAUAAGGGCAAGGGUCCAUAACAUUAUUAUGAAAAAACAAAAAUGGAAAAAGAAUUGUUGAACUGUGGAAUAUGUUUAUGCCCCUGGUAGGGUGGCAUAUAGCGUUGAACUGUCCGUCAGUCAGUCAGUCUGUCCAUCUGGCCGAAAACUUAUAUGGCCAUAACUUUUUCAAUAUUGAACAUAGCAACUUGAUAUUUAUACCCCUAUUACAAUUGGUAAUGGGGGCUAUAUAGGAGUCACGUUUGUCGGUCUGUCCCGAUAUUUCAUCCGAUCUUCACCAAACUUGGUCAGUAGUUGUAUGUAGAUAAUGUCUAGGUCAGUUUGAAUAUGGGUCAUGCCAGGUCAAAAACUAGGUCAUGGGGUCACUUAGUAUGUUUUAAAACUGUAAGUUUGUACGGACCAUAGCUAUGUCAUUUAUUGUUACAUUUUUAAAUGACUCGGUACAUUUGUUCACCAUCAUGGAACGGUGUGUCGCGUUAAAAAAAAUUACGUCAAUAUCUCAAAGGUCAAGGUCACACUUGGGAGUUCAAAGGUCAAAUGCUUGUCC